AUGUCUUACUCUCCGAAGACCUCACUUGUGGACCUGCCCAACGAGAUCCUCCAAAAGAUCGCCUCCCUCCUCCCAACCGACAAAGACGUCACGAAUUUUGCACUCGUCUGCAAGGACAUCUCUGACACCGUGCUCCCAUCCGAGUCAACCAUCUGGCGCAGUCGCUUCGGCGAUCUAUACGAUAUACCACCGGGUCGAUCCUCAAAUGAGUUGAAAACCGAAUAUAAAGCCCGCGCCAUCGUGCUGGUCCAGAAUAUCGACUUCAAACGGGGCGAAGGUGCCCAGCAACGCCUGUGGCUUGAAGUGGUUCACACCAUGCUCCUCGAAUCUUUGACUCUGCCGCUGGAAAAUUAUACUUCCAAGACUUAUGAUCAGCUGUCUGAACGACUCAAGAAGCUGAGUUUUCUUCGGAGACCGGUUUCUGGCUACGGAUUGUACAAGCCGCAGGAGCCGUCGGAGCUGUUUUGUGCGGUGCAGUUGUGUCUCACUGCCAUGGUCCUGCAUCCGGCCAUGAGCUUCUGCUGUCUUCGCACGGACUAUGACAUCGGUACAGUGUAUGCCUGCGGCGACGAGGUCAAGAUCCCAUUGAUCCAAUCCGAUGCCCCAGACCUCACGAGUCUCUUGCACAUGCGCAACUUCUGGCAGCGACACCUUGGUAAUCACUGUGAAUGCACCUUUUUCGAGUCCUUCGCCAAGUUGCCUGACCAUCUGAGACCCAGUGUGCGUGUGUUCUCGGAUGGUGAGUUCAGUUUGGGCACUUCGUGGCUGGGCUACUACUCAUGCCUGCACCCUUUCCCCAAUUCAAUGGAGCAGCUUCACUUCCGACAGACAUGCGCCGAUCUUGAUACGCACUGGGACCAGGUUGAGAUAAUGUCCCUCGAGCUUGAACUCCUGCCUGAUGAUGAAAAGAUCUGGCCCACAGAAUUCGACGCCAUCUUGCCCCGACUCGGCGAGUCGAAGAAUCGAGCAUACUUCCAAGGCGUGCAGCAGACAUACGGGGGAACCACCCCAGCCAGGAACGGAGUUGUUGGCUUCACCGAGCCAAUUGUGGUCCACUAUGGCGGGUUUCCUGGCUGGAUUCGCAUCUGCUUUGCCAUUCGGGACGAGGUGGGCCAACCAGCCCAAGCGGGAAGCAGUGCAGAGCAAGGACAAUGGAAGCCCUGGGCACUGGAAAGAAGCGCCUGGCUCCAUGGGUAUGAGGCGGUUAUUCUUCCUGGUGGUGCGGUGAUGCUGGGAAGAUGGGUGGAUAUGAAAGACACGACAGGGCGAGGACCAUUUAUCUUCUGGGAUGUGUGA